AAAAACCAACAGCCUCGGUUAAUUUUUCCACAACGGAAAUGAGAUCAGUCCCAUUGGCUCCACUUCUUACUAAAACAUGGUCGAAGUAACUCCAUGAAGCAGCAGCAGCACCGGGAUCUGAUCUUUUCUGACUUCUGCCUACAAACAUCUUUGUUGUUGAUGGAAAGAUGUUUGCUGGACUGAUGGGGCUGGAAUGUAGGCGCAACUCUCUGCCUCACCACGCCGAAGUCAUGGAAGGUGGCAGAGCAUCAGGGACAGCUGGCGGCUCCACUCGUAAGAGACUCCACCGAAGACCGGGGUACAUGAGAGGAGAGCAGUCCAGACUACAGAGCUCCACUCAUGGGCAGGAGGAGGAAGAGGAGGAGGAGGAGGAGGAAGGGAGGUCUACUUGUAUUAGGAACGGUAAAUCUGGACGUCACACUGACACCACUGAGGGAACCAGCGCUCAGAGAAUGAGUCUAACACCUGCUGUCCAAGUGUCAUUAAUGAAUCAGCAACGUCCUGAUAAACUCACAUGUAGCUCCUGGAGGAGUAAGAGCUUUCUCUGCUCUUUUACCCGUCCUCUUCCUCAUGUGGACUACAGUGCCAGUAAUGGUGCAUCAAGCCAGCAUGGUCUGUCCUCUCUGCCUCAGAAUGAACUCAGGUUAAGUCCGAGCCCGGCCGUCCGGUCCUCGACGGAGGACUCCUUUAACUCCAGCUUCAGUUUCAUCCAGCUGUCUCUCAACUCCAGCCAGAGGACAGACGUAACCACUGCCACACCGUCCCGGGAACCAGAACCACUAAAUCAAUCAACUGAAGCAUUUAGUUUGCCUCCAACAAAACCAGCAACCUUAUCCAUUGUGCACAAUGUCUCAAAACAGUCAACUCCUGUCCAAUCACUGCCCUCCUGCACCCCGAGCAGCCGGGUGGACAGAGAGGAGCCGUCGUUGGGCGGGCGGUUUUGGCAGGAGUGUCUGUGGGAGGUCACGCCGAAACUGCCCGACAGUGACUCACGAUCUCUGGACAUUGAGAUCACCUCCUCACUGUCUGUGGACUCAGACACAGCCUCCGCCUCCUCCAUCACCUCCGGCUACGAGAGCGCCACUCCUGCGUCCGACCAAGGCUGGGACAUCCUGGUGAAGAGGUACGAGGGAGUGCUGCAAGACUGUCUCCAGAACAACCGCACUCACACCAAGAUUGAGUCCAUGAUGUUGAAGCUACAGAGGCUCCAGCAGAAAGCCAUUCUGGAUGACGACUAUGACGCAGCUGAGCGUUUUGGGAAAAAGCUGGAGGAGCUGUGCAGGGAGCGGGGCACUCUGAAGCUGGGUUUACCCUCGAGACAGCCCAGCGUGGCUCUGUUCCUGGAGCGGCUCAGACAGGUGGUGCACAGCGCACUCCAGAGGGCAGACUGCAGUCAGUGCAGGGAGACAGUAGAGGCUGAUGCAAGAGAGCGGUCCGACUCAUUGCAGGGCCCACUGCAUCGAAGAGAUCGCCUGAUCCAAGAGAAACGGCUGGUAGAGGAGGAGAUGAAAGAGCUGCAGCGCAGGCUGGCGGAGCUGAAGGACCGAAGCCGAUGCCUGGAGCAGCAGAUCCAGCGGGAGGAGCAGCGGGUGGAGGCCGAGGAGCUGGAGGGCUCCGUGCUGAGGAGCUGCACGGUGGCCCAGCUCCGCGACAUGAGCCGAACCCUGCAGGACCUCGUCACCUCUGACAACCGGGCACAGAUCUCCGUCUCUCCUUCACCCUCCUUGUUAAGACUCCAGGAGCAAGAGCAGGCUUUGAAUCUGUCCAUCAAGGAAGCCACUGCUAAAGUGGUCAUGAGUCAGAGGCUGGGCAGCAGCUUGAGGAGGAAAGUCAGCGAGACUGAAACUCAGCUUUUGGCGCUGCAUGAAGCCAAACUGGCAGCCAUCUCGGGUAAUGACUUCAGCAGUGCCAAGGAGCUGAAGGCUGAGAUGAAGGCGGUGUACCUGGAGCGGGACCGGCUGGAUGCUCUGGCCAAGAGGCUGCACAGCCUCAGCUCAGGGAGCAGCCAGGAGCUGGGCAGGAUGAAGGAGCAGCGGCAGCAGCUCAGGGAGGAGCUGGAGCAGAGGGAGGCCCAGCACGAAAGCCGGCUCAAAGAGAACACUACCAAGUACAUCAAGCUAUUGGAGGACAGAUUGCACAGCUGUGGCUGUCCGGGCCUGGAGCGGAUCUGGGAAGCCGACCUGGAGGCGUGUCACCUGUUCUUGCGAGGCCUCCGGUUGCGGACUCCCAGCUGCAGCGGAGGAGACAUGGAAGACCUCCUCCCCACUGCAGCAGUUUAUCCUCCAACCCGGCCGUGCACCAAAGAAGAAGAAGACUGCGCCAUGCUGACUGCGUUGGGAGGGCGCUGGUGUCCCGAGGCCAACUUGCAGAACUCCGAGUUCACAAAGAAAUUGGAGGAGUUUUUGUUCUGCAUGGAGGAUAAUCACCCAGAGGAUGGGUGCAGCGAGGCUGCAGACCUGACAGAGCGCUGCGAGCUGAUCAGUGACAGAUUAUUGACCUUGGAAGAUGAAUUGCAGAUGGCCAUACUGAACCGGGAUCAGGCCCUCACCCAGUCGUUGGGAAAGGAGGUUCAGGAAGUAAAAGCCACUUUACAAACCAUGCUCGCACAACUCAAAGAGGAAGAAGAGGAGGAAGAGGAAGUGAACGUGUUACGAGAUGACGACCUCAUGGAGAACGGGACUGAGGAAGAAGAAGAUGAGGAUGAAGAGGACGAGGAAGAGGAGGAGGAAGAGGACCAGUACUUCAGUGACAGCUGGGGCAUUUGAAAUGGAUUUGUGUAGGGUUUUAUGACCACACACACACAGACCAGCUCUCUGAGAGCCUGACCUCAGCUUUGCAGAUGGAGUGACCCUGUAUCCUUUUACUGUAAAGCCUCACAAGCAGCCUCUGUGGUACUGCAGAAAGUUUCCAGAACAAAGCCUUGGAGAGUCUGUGUAAUGUUUAAUUCAUCUAGAAAUGGAAAAACAUGAAGGAUUUUGAUAUAAAUGUAAAAUAUAGGACACUUUAAUACUUUUUUUUUUUAGAAGAUCCUCAAAUCUUGCCGGCCCAAGUUCAACCAGGUAAAGAGCGCCUCAGGCCACAGAGCCAACAAAGCAAUUAUUUUAAAAAUGAUGGUGUUUUUAAAUACAGUUUCGCUCUUUUUUUCCAGUAUUUCCUGUAAAAACAUUACCAAUUUUAGGUGAUUAUUUGGUUUAUUGGGGGGUUUUUCUCGGUAAUGUCAGUUACACAGAGAUAUCUAUACGGGGUUUUUUCAUUCAAUGAAAAAAACGGAAAAACAUUAUUUUUAAAUAGCAAUCCUGAAACCAAGCUGAAGGCGAAAAAAAUCAUUAAAUCGCUCACCACAACCACCUGUUUGAAUUUAGGCCGAGGACCAACUGGACAAUCAUAAACAUAUUUUUACUGGUAAAAGUCUUGCACACAUAAACUAAAAUGUUUGCUUAAUCUUUAGGUCAGCUAGGCACUUUUGUGUGUUUUCUGUACGAUUGGACUUCAGUUACGUGUAAUUUUUGUCCAUGAAAUAACUCAUUUGUGGUGCUACAGAAUGUGAGCUAACUUGAACACUUUGUUUUCUUUGUGUGGAAAAUGCAAUAUUUGGGGUUUUUUUAAGCACUGUAUGCUUGGAGAGAUGCUCUGUAUUUUAAAAUACAUUCGUCACAAUAGUAAAAUUGUGUCUUGUGCAUGAAGGAAAUAUUGAAGGACGCGUAAUUAGAAGUAUUUGUAACUGCUGUUUGUUUUUCUAAAGUUUUUGUAUCUGCCACUGAUUAUGUGUUAUUUUUAUUUUACUUAAUGUCAGCGCAGAAUCUUUCAGAACCAUUCCACUGGGUGUUAUUUGACUUCUUGCCAGAAACAUUUUUGUACUUUCACCGAUUAAUCAGUUUUUGUUUUUGUAAUUUACUGUGCAGCUUGAACACACUGUAUCAUAUUUCAUAUUUAUUCCUUACAGCAUCUCACUAAUUAUAGCAUGUACCAUUCA